GGCUGGGGGAAGGGCUCCGGGUCGCCGCCGGCGGAGGAGCAGGCAACGGCUGACGGGGCCGGAGGAGCACCGGGAGGUUCGGGGGGAGUCAAACCCGGGGAUAAGUGGAGCAACUUUGACCCGACUGGGCUUGAGAGAGCUGCAAAAGCUGCAAGGGAUCUCGACAAAUCACGACAUGCCAAAGAUGCACUGUCACUGGCUCAUAUGCAGGAGCAGACAGUACAGCUGGAGCAUCAGAGUAAAGUGAAAGAAUAUGAGGCGGCUUUGCAGCAGAUGAAGGGUGAACAGAUCCAAAUCCAGGAGGAGGAGAGACGGAAAACACUUGGAGAGGAGACAAAACAAAACCAGGCAAGGGCACAAUAUCAAGACAAACUUGCCAGACAGAGGUAUGAUGAUCAACUCAGGCAACAGCAAUUCCUCAAUGAUGAGAACCUUCGCAGACAAGAGGAAUCCGUGGGGAAGCAAGAGGCUAUGAGGAAAGCUACCAUUGAACACGAAAUGCAGCUGAGACACAAAAACGACCUGCUUCGCGUUGAAGCCGAGGCCAAAGCCCGAGCUCAGGUGGAGAGGGAGAACGCAGACCUGAUCAGGGAACAGAUCCGCCUUAAGGCCGCUGAGCACCGACAAACUGUCCUUGAAUCUAUAAAGACGGCGGGAGCGGUGUUUGGGGAAGGAUUCAGGGCCUUCGUCUCUGACUGGGACAAACUCACAGCCACGGUUGCUGGGUUAACCCUGUUGGCUGCAGGAGUGUAUUCUGCCAGGAAUGCUACAGGGGUGGCUGGGCGCUACAUAGAGGCCCGCCUGGGUAAACCCUCGCUGGUCAGGGAGACCUCCAGGAUUACUGUUGGAGAGGCCAUCAAACACCCAAUAAAGACAACCAAACGUCUGAGAAGCAGACCUCAGGAUGCUUUGGAGGGCGUGGUGCUCAGCCCAGCUUUGGAGGAGCGUGUUAGGGACAUUGCGAUUGCUACUCGAAACACACGGCAGAACAAAGGCCUGUACAGAAACAUCCUGAUGUAUGGACCCCCCGGGACUGGAAAAACACUUUUUGCCAAGAAACUGGCUCUCCAUUCAGGGAUGGACUUUGCCAUCAUGACAGGUGGGGACGUGGCACCCUUGGGGCGGGAUGGAGUCACUGCCAUGCACAAGGUGUUCGACUGGGCAAGCACCAGCAGGCGAGGCGUCUUGCUGUUUGUAGAUGAAGCUGAUGCGUUCCUGCGCAAACGAUCCACAGAGAAAAUCAGUGAAGACCUCAGAGCCACCCUCAAUGCCUUCCUCUACCGCACUGGCGAGCAGAGCAACAAGUUCAUGCUGGUGCUUGCUAGUAACCAGCCAGAACAGUUUGACUGGGCCAUUAAUGACCGCGUUGAUGAGAUUGUAAACUUUGCCUUACCGGAGCAGGCGGAGAGGGAGAGAUUGGUGCGCCAGUAUUUCGAGAAAUUUGUGCUGGUUCCUGCCACUACAGGGAGACAGAGAUUAAAGUUGGCUCAGUUCGACUACGGCCUGAAGUGUUCAGACAUUGCACAGCGCGCAGAGGGCAUGUCUGGUCGUGAAAUAUCCAAACUUGGGGUGGCCUGGCAGGCUGCGGCAUACUCUUCUGAAGAUGGAGUUUUGACCGAGAUGAUGAUUGAUGCAAGAGUUGAUGAUGCCAUCAAGCAGCAUGCACAGAAAAUGGACUGGCUGCUGACGGAAGCAGGUGAGGGGGUUGGCAAGGUUGGUGUUCUCCUCCCUAAGGAAAUGGCGGCAAAAAUCACAGGCCAGGAAGCUGCUUCUCUUGCACAAGCUGAAGAUAUGUCUGCUCAACAAGUCCUUCCACUGCUAGAGGUUGUGAGCAAUGCUGCCCAAGCCGAGGCAGCCCCUCUACCCACUGAGGUAGAGGCAGAAGUUAUCCUCAAGGAUGCAGCGACUUUAAUCAAAGAAAGUGAAGUUAUUGCUGCAACAACUGCAGAAACCAUUGUUCAGACAUCUACUGCUGUCCCAUUGGUGCAGGAGGCUGAGGCCAUUAAGGAUCUGACUGAAGAAGUUGUAGGCACAGCUGUAGUUACAGAUACUGUUGUACCUGAGAUAAAAGAUGUAGUCACUGAGGUUAAAGAGGUUGAGGGUACACCAGCUACCACUGUCCAAGAAACUGCUGCUCUGAGUAAAGAAGAAUCAAGCACUGAUGUUGCUAAGCAAGAGACCAAGACUACAGAGGUAGCCAAUGAGGAAAAGGAUGUCGCAACACCCUUGGAAGUGACAGUCUCUGCUGUUGCUCAGGAGAAAGAAUUAGACACUGUUGUCUCUGAGGUUGUCCAGGAGCCAGAGGCUACAGUAGCCAGCCUCUCCCAGGAGACUGUUGUUCAGCAAUCUGAGUCAGCAGCCACAUCUGUUGAUGGCGUAGAAAUGGAGGCCACAAAGACUGCUGAGGAACAAUCAACUGAUGCUGUCAAAGUGGCAGAAGACAUUGCAAACAACGUAGCUCAAGUGACUGAGUCUUUGUCAAACAUUGUUAAAGAGGCUGAAGUAAUCACAGCAGAUGUGGCCAGGGUGGCUGAUUCUGUAGCAACCAUUGCAGAAGAAAUGGAGGCAACAGUCACCAAGGAGGCUGAAGCGAUUGGAAGUGAGGUUGGCAAGGUGGAAAAUGAGGUUGCAGUAGAAACUGAGCCUGAAACAUCACAAGUUUCUAAAGAGGCUGAAGUGGAAGUGACAGUGGCAGUCAAGGAAUCUGACAAUAUGGCUGCAGAGGUCCUUAAAGAGACCGAACCUGUAAUGACUGAGACUGCUAUCAAGGAAGCAGAAGUAAUCCCAGCAGAGGUUGCAGUGGAAACUGAAUCCACAGCCUCAGAAGAAAUCAAGGAGCCUCAGAAUACUGUAGAGGCGGAGACUUUGGCAACAGCAGAGACUGCUGCCAAAGAAGUUGAGGGUAUUGCAACAGGGGUUUCCAAGGAAGCAGAAGUCCUACCGACUGAAGUAAUCCCACCAGAAGUUGCCCUGGAAUCUGAAGCCGUAGCUUCAGAGGUAGCCAAAGAGGCUCAGACUGCAACUGCAGACAUUGUCGAAAAGUCAUUAUCUACAGAGAUUGCUUCCAAGGAGGCUGAGGUUACCACUGCAGAGGUUUCCAAGGAAGCAGAAGUUCUACUAACCAAGGAGUCUGACACUGUAGCUACAGAAGAUGUGAAACUGCAAGAGACAGCUGAGGUUGUUUCCAAGGAGGCCGAGGUUAUCACUGCAGAGGUUUCCAAGGAAGCAGAAGUCCUACCAACCAAGGAGUCUGACACUGUUGCCACAGAAGACGUGAAACUGCCAGAGGCCACUGAGGUUGCUUCCAAGGAGGCUGAAGUUAUCACUGCAGAGGUUGCCAAGGAAGCAGAAGUCCUACCAACCAAGGAGUCUGACACUGUUGCCUCGCAGACUCCCAGCACCGAAGAAGCUGAACCCAGUCAAACUGAGAAACCGGAAAACCAACAGAGCGCAGAUGGCAAAGACAAACCUCAAGCGAACCCUAGUCCAAAGAAAUGA